AUGUCUAGCCCAAGUAGCGCUGGAAGUAUUGGAUUGGGACCAAUACGUGAGGAAAAUAGCACGACCAAUGUACCGAAGAGCAAUGUCCCGCAAGAAGAUCCAGUUGAACUGUUACCAAAUGCGGAUGAAAGGACAAUAAACCUAAGUGACGAGAAGCGUGAUAUUGGAGAAAUAUCAUUUGGAAAGAAGAAAUUGACUUCAACUGUGUGGGAGCACUACAAAAGACAGAAAAUUAGUGAGAAAUUGAAGGCUAUAUGCAAUCAUUGCAAGAAACAGUUAGGGGGUGAAACAAAAAAUGGUACAAAGCAUUUGAAUGAUCAUUUGAAGAGAUGUGUACUCCGUUAUAAGGAUAAUACUCGCCAAGCAACAUUAAAUUUCAAAAAGGAUGCCACAAGUGGCAAGGUCACAAUGGGUAUUUGCUCUUUCGAUCUAGAUAAGUGUAGAUAUAGUCUUUCGAAAAUGGUGAUUUUGCAUGAGUAUCCUUUGUCUAUAGUUCAUCACAUUGGAUUUCGAGAGUUCUUGCACGACCUACAACCAUUGUUUAAG